AUGUCAUCAGCAAAGAUGAUAGGUCGCGCGGUUGCCAGUUGCAGAUUAUCAAGCAAAGGAUUACGGUCUCGAUCGGUAGAUUUAUCAAUUCUACUUUCUCGCAAUACAUACCCAAUCCCAAAUACUAGAACUAUGGCUUCAAAGGCAAUCACUAUGGAUAACAUAAACCCUAACAUUGUAAAGUUAGAAUACGCGGUUCGAGGACCCCUAGUAACCCGUGCCGGCGAAAUCGAAAAGGAAUUGCAAAAGGGUGCCGACAAACCGUUCAAAAGAGUGAUAAAGGCAAAUAUCGGAGAUGCGCAUGCGAUGGGACAGCAACCGAUCACAUUUAUUAGACAGGUGCUAUCAUGUGUGGCGAACCCAGAGAUAAUAGAGACGGGUAACUUCCCUGAUGAUGUGAAGCAGCGUGCCAGGGAUGUCCUCAAAUCUUGCGGGGGCAGUUCAGUGGGUUCGUACACGAUGUCUUAUGGUAUCGAAUCGAUCCGUCGGCACGUGGCGGAGUACAUCCAGAAACGAGAUGGGUUUCCCUCAGACUGGAACAACGUGGUGCUGGUGGGCGGCGCCUCGAAUGGGAUUAAGAAUUGCCUUCAACUCCUUGUCAAUAAUAUCAAUGGGAAGAGCUCAGCCGUGAUGAUCCCCAUCCCUCAAUACCCGCUGUACUCGGCGUCUCUGGCCGAAUACGGACUAGAACUAGUCGGGUACUACCUGGACGAAGAACACCAGUGGGGCCUCAGCACCGAGGAGCUGGAACGGUCCUACGCCGGAGGACAGGAGAAGAAUAAUGUUCGGGCCAUAGUUGUCAUAAACCCUGGAAAUCCCACCGGUCAGGUGCUGUCUCGAGAAAACAUCGAGGCGAUCGUGAAGUUUGCGCACGCGCACAACCUUUUCAUAUUCGCCGACGAGGUCUACCAGCACAACGUGUACGCCGAGGGCAGCGAGUUCUUCUCGUUCAAGAAGGUGAUGAUGGAGAUGGGGGAACCUUACAACAAGAUGGAGCUGGCUUCGUUCAUGUCCGUCAGUAAGGGCUACAUGGGCGAGUGCGGUCUCCGGGGUGGAUGGAUGGAGCUGGUGAACCUCGACCCGCAAGUGCAGGUCAACCUCUAUAAAGCCAUUUCCGCCAUGCUGUGCCCCAGUUCCUUGGGGCAGACGGCCGUCGACUGCGUGGCCAAACCUCCGGCUCCGGGUGAGCCCUCGUACGACCUCUGGCUCAAGGAGAAGACUCAGGUUCUGGAAUCCCUGAACAAGAGAGCCAAGAUUAUCGCGGACACCUUCAACCAGAUGGAAGGCUUCAAGUGUAACAUUGUACAGGGUGCCAUGUACGCCUUCCCCCAAAUAACGCUGCCCCCCAAAGCCAUCGAAGCGGCGAAGAAAGUCGGCAAAGCCCCUGACGUCUUCUACGCCUUCCAAUUGUUGGAGAACACCGGUAUCUGCAUAGUGCCGGGCACGGGCUUCGGCCAGAAACCUGGCACCUACCACUUCAGAACCACGAUCCUCCCUCAGCCCGCUCUCCUCCAGGAGAUGCUGGACAUCUUCAAAUCCUUCCACGAGAAGUUCACCAAACAGUACUCGUAG